UUAUGACUGCAGCGCUGCCAUGCAUGCAUGUUGUGCCUCUGGUUGUGUGCAGAAUGUUGAAAUUUCAAGCAGUUUUUGAAGGAGAUGUGGCAAGAGAUGUUGAAAAAAUAGAUGGAAAACAAGAGGUACUGUUUGGAUGAAAGUGUGGGGAAGUUGAGGAUAGAACAGCAGGGGAAAAGGCACUGAUAUUAGAGAGAGAGAAAGAAAGAAAGAGAGAGAUUGUAAGGCGGAGGAAGAGGAGGAGGCAGAAGAGGCGAUCUGCUGAAGGGAACCAGCAGAGCCGCUGAUUUGACCAAAACCCUCGGCAGCUGCCUUCUGUUGCUGUGGAGAUGGGCUGUUGGCUCUCUGGACCAUGGAUGGGUGACCAAACGAUGAGUGGGCGGAGUCUAGCACACCUAAGCCAGCGGGAUGCUUUGAGGAUUAUUGCUGCGAGUCAACGCCCCAUCACCUUGCAGAUCAAGGGCCAGAGGAGGCGGGGCAAUGAGGGAGACAGGGGAGCCUGGGAACCUCUGCCGCUCAACCUGCAGCACCUCAACCUACCUCUUCCAAUGAGGGGGGCGGGAAUUAACACCUCUAGCCCCUCCUACCCAGACAGGCAUUAUUAUGGCCAUCUGUCUCUACCACAAGAUCACUGUGAUGGAGGACGGUACAGCUAUAUGUCUAGCUCCCCACGGGACACUGUGGAAAUCAACCAUCAGGAUCUUGAACUCGCCAGACGUCGACAAAAAAGGAAGAAUUGCCUGAUGGGAUGUUGCAAUCCUGACUCAGAUGAACCAACAACCUGCCACAGCCAGACUGAUGAUGAGGACUUCAUCUUGGAGAAGCCAUUGGGUUACAUGCCCCUUCACCAUGAGCUGGACAGUGGUCUGGGCUGGACAGAUGGCUCCCUCCAUCAGGGUGAUCUCUCAGGGCUGGAGACAGAGGAGGGAGGUCUGGAAGACUGUCACCCUCAUGGGAACUUUGCCACUGCUGGGUGCGGGGGGUUCGGAGGUGGGGGCUCUCCGUCUUCAGAGUCUUUCAUCUCCUCGGAGCUCAGCGAUUCAGGCUUCUACAGUGUUAGCACCGGGGAGUUCAGACACUUCCAAAGGCUCCUAGAAAAGAGGAUGCGUCUGUACAACGCCAGGAUGCAACAUCAGGGUGAACCAUGCGAGAGACGCGAGAGGCGUGACAGCUGCCCCAAGAGCCACAGAGAGCUGCUUGAGUCAAUACCAGAGGCCCUGACAAUGCAGCCCCCAUGUCAGCACCUGCAACAUGGGAUGGAGGACGGAGGUGGGCCAGUCAUGGACGUCCAGCCUCGUGGACUUUUCAGGGUUUCAUCGGUCCAGUUCCAUAAGGCUGACCGACCUUGUCUGAACCGCCACAGCUCUAGCAGUGGAGCUCUCUUCAACCCCUCUCACGCCGCAGUCCCACGUAUAAAUGCCCCGGUCCUCUCCACCUGCAGCACACCCUCCAGCCAUCGAAGACCACAAAUACCCAUGCAACAGCAGUACAACCACCAGGGUUCGAGCUCAGUAGGCAUGCUGAGGAGGAGCAGAACCUUACACCAUCGACCGCCUCCACACGAAUACCGCCGCCGGGCCAGCCACCCAGCAUCACCUUCCUAUUGUGCUGCAACACUGCACUACUGUGGAGGUGUCACGCCACACAACGUCCUUCCACCAGGCCUGCCAGAGGAAGGUGAGCUAGAUGCUGGUGUGAUGGCUUCCCACCCAACAGGCAUGGCCCUAUCACCCCAACAACACCCAGCUGCUUUGGGACAUGUCAGGGGCACCAACACCAGUGAGCGAUGCUAUGACCACUCGGGUGGUCAGAUCACACAAAAUGACUGGUGGCACACUCAAGAUAGAAGCUUAAUGCCUGAGCCAGCGAUGGCAGAAAGAGAGAGGGAGAUGGAGAGAGAGCUGGAACAAAAGAGACAACUACAAAAGGAAAAGGAGAUUGAAAGGGAAAGAGAAAUUGAAAGAGAGAGGGAGAGGGAAAGAGAAACAAAGCUCCAGGAGGAAAAGGAGAGAGAAAGACAACUGGAGCUGGAAAGGAGCAGAGCUAGAGAACAGCAGCACCUCCAAAGUCAUGUCCUCCCACUCCAGGCUGGAGACGUCAACGACACCUGGCCAAAGCCGGCCAGUCGUCAGUCCUAUGGAGGUGGAGGAGGUAGAGGCCUCUACAGCACUUUAGAAGGCCACACAGGAGUUGGAACUGCUGCUGAAUGUGAGAAUAGACAAAUAAAUGCAAACCCAAGUCAAAAUACUGGUUCUGGUCUGCAGGCAAAACCAAACCCAAGCUCCAGACCUAACACAACCUCACGAGUCACAAGGAGCCAGUUGCUCAGAGAUCGAGCUCAUCAGCUGGCAGAUGAACGGAGUGGAAUGAGCACCGAUGAAGAGACCAACACUGACAUGCUGCUGGGUCGCUACUGGAGUCGAACAGAGAGGAGAGAACACUUCCUGUUGGCUCGGGAGCAAAAACAGCAACAGCUGCUGGCCAGAGGCGGGCCUUUACGAGAAGCUGUUAGCCGGGGAGCAGCAUCUAUAGGAGAUGGAGGCUUAAUAGAAAGCAGGGGAGUUGGACCUUUUGCUGAAGGGCGAUGCAAAACUGUCCUGGAGCUGAGUCAACGGAAGCUGAGUCGUUUGAGGAACAGAAAGCUAUUGGAUGACUGGACAACUGUAGAGGAGCUGCUGACUCAUGGGACCAGGUUGGACAACCAGGAGGAGAUGUUGUGUCCAAGCUCCCUGUUGACAGUCACCACUGUCUAACUGCACAGACACAAUCUCUAGUUUAACCUCUGAGUGUAUGUGAUGUUAAACUAAUAAUAUAAUAUUAUGUGAAUUUGCCUGUUCCGUCUUUCUCAGUUAGACAAGAACAUGGAUGUCAGCUGAAGUAGGCAGCUCAUAGAGAAAGAGAGUUUGGGAUUGGUGGAAGGGCCAUUUAGACUUGGAGUGAAAACAAACAAUGUGAAAGAAAAUCACCAAUGUCUCUCCAGUCCAUUCCAAGCAUGUGUCUUUCAACCAAUGGAACUGAAAAUAUAAAGCUGUCCUGGGUUUCUUGCGUCACUUCAAUUAGACAUGUUUGGAAUCAUCAGUGGGUUUAUAAUACAGUUUUAAAAACAGGAAAAAACAAAAGUCUGACCACCACCCUCAAUUCAGUUUUUUUCCCACUGUUCUUCAAUAUUCCUCAAUAACCCCAUAAAAGUAUGGCUGCAGUGGCUGUUUUGAUAAUUGUGACAUGGUUCACAGGCACUGGGCACUGAGAUGUGUGGGGUCAGGAGCACCUAACAACAAAAAAGCAUGUCAGUUCUAAUCAAACCAGAUUUAUAUUGAUUUUUGCAUGUACAGUCAAUGGGCAGUGCAGAAGCUGAUAAUAAUGUUGGUUGGUGUCUGAACCCUGGCUUUCAAUUGAGAGCAAAAUUAAAAGACUAUUUAUGUAACGUUUACAAUAUUAAAAAACCUGGACUAUGUUACUCUACCCUGAUGCAAACACUUUGAUACACAGUUUGUUGAAUGUUUGCUUUACAAAAUUAGUAGGAUUGUUAGAUUUCUAUAACCUAUACUACUCUAUGUGAGGUGUAGCUCGACAGGCUUCCCCCGGGCUCAAUUAAUACAAGAACCAUCACUGCUUGACUGUUUUCACAGAUUGCCAAAUAUUAUUUUCCAGUGACAUUUUUAGAGGAUUAUGAGCUGCUAGUAAAAUCUUAGGGGACUUUAUUCAUUAACUCCAGUAUUUGCAGUGCAAAGAUAAAACUGACAUCCAUUCUCUAAUCUCUCUGUGGAAGACGGGAAGCAAGAUACUUCACACAAUUGUUGUAUUGUUCUGUUAGCAAAUAUGUCUGAAAGGGAAAACUUUACUCUCAUUGCUUUGCAUCACCUCAAUUGAUAGCUUUACGUGUGGGUGUGCGACCACUGUACAGCACUCCGGACAAAAUGUGUGAAUCAGUGCGUGAUGCUUGAAAUGACAAACAAAUGAGCAAGGUCAUAUGAGCUGGUGUGUGUUUGCACCAUGUGAUUCAUGCUACAUCCAAUGCUAAGUAUAUUUUACUGAAUUUUUCAAACAUUUACAAAUAUUUGGGUUUGAACCUCUAAAAGGCCAUGGGAUAUUUGGAAAGCAAUACUAUUCUAGGUGUAUUUUCUUGUCUGUGCACUUAAAACAAAUUACAAAUUCCUUUUAUAUCAAUGGCAAAGAUACAAAUGAACUGUAGCAAAGCAGAAAAUGACAACUUGGAGAUUUCAUACAAAACCUUGAAAAAUGUAUCUUUUUUGAGAUAGUAAGUUUAUUUAAAAAUAAUCAGUAUGAUUUUGUGCAACAAAAAUGAAAGAGUGUGGAUUCUUGUUAAGCAACAGUUUUUCAUGUAGAAGGUUUGAUGCUCAACUUUAAUCUGUUAAGUCAUAUGCUGCAAUGCUUGGCCAGGACUUUAUGCUGCACUCAUGUUACUUAAUUUCAAUCUAAUGUACAUGCAUAUGACAGCAAAUAUUCCCCACUUUAAGAAACCUAAUUAAGUGAUUUGGAGUCAAAGCCCUCAUUAGUAAAAAUAGUGUUAUACCGAUCACUGUUUUUAUUUAUCUCUAAUUAGAGUCUACUGUCAGGACUUAUAUAAAUGUUCCGAUAAUUACCAGGACUACACUGUAGCGUUAAUUGUUAAUAUUAUAAUUAUCAUGUCGCUUGCCGCUCCUGCUAUUUUCAGCAACCAGCGUCUUUUACCAGCAAUUUAAAACUAAAUACAUUGCUGCAACUGGACUGGUAGAAUUAGAAAAAUAAUUAUAUACCACUAAUAUUUUCUUGAAUAUUUCUACUUGAAUAGAAAAUUGUUAAUUCAAAGACAUGAUUGCAGCAUAGAAUAGUUAGUUUACUUUUCUGCCAGGAAUUUUGAAAUCAGCAGGAUGUUUACAGAUCUACGCAUAAAACUGUUUAUGCAUGUUUACUCAAAUCCUGAGGAGAAGGGGUUUUUGAGAAAGGAUGGUAGAACUUUGUUAGACCUUACAUAUUGGAGGAUGUUCUGAUGUCCACAGUGUCUGCCUUGCAGAUAGAGCUCCGGAGACAUUCCACUUCAAGCUGGUGACACAUCCGCAGUUCAGGAACAAGUGCAAUAAUACCUCAAGUUAGUUUUAUCAAGGUAACAAUGGUGUAGGCUUUUCAGCGAAUGCAGAAAUUUGUUUUAAAUCAAAACGGAUGCACAAAGUGAUAAGACACCACAAGUGCACAGUAAUUUUGGAGUUCGCAGUGGCAACAGCUAAGAUCAUACAGAUAUUUACAGUGUUUUCCAUGGGAGGGAUCUAAGAAGAAAAAAACUUUUUGCACAUCAUUUUUAUAUAAAAAGUUUUCCCUACCUUUCUGUACCAGGGACUUAGGCCAGUGGAACAACUGUAGAUAGAAUGACAGUGUUUGUUGAUGUUUUCUUUAUAAACUAUCAGUGAUUUAUGAAGGAAAAACGUAGUUUAUUGUGGUUGUGUUGGACAUAUUUCAAUAUUUUUCUUGUGAUGGUUUCAAAACAAACGUGGACGGUUUUAAUGAUCUUUAAACCUUUUAAUGCUAGUUAAGUCAUUUAAAAGCUAGUGAUAUUUUCAUCUACUUUUCUUAUGAUGAGAACAUAUAAAUAUUAUUGUCUCUUUAAAUGGAUUUUUGAAAUUGAAUUUACUGUUGUUUUGUGUCAUUAUGACAUGUACAUAUUGAUUUUGUCACACAGUGCGGCUGAGGGUAGAGUUUGAGGAUAUGAUGGUGCCAUCUGAUGCCUCCAGUGGUUUAUCAUGUGAUUCUGUAGACUUAUAGCUUUGUUGUGGAGGCUGUAUAUACAGCACAGAGAUAAAAAUUGUAUUAUCAGAAUAUUUAAAACAUCAUAUGUCCUUGUUCAUAGAUGGUAUUUUUGUUUUUCUAAAACUUAAGAGUGCUCUCCAUAGGUUGUCCAAUAUAAAGAGAAAUACUAGUUUUCAGGUAUGAUUUUGAAAGAUUUUGUGCAUCUGACUGUUUUAAACGAGGUUGAUGAUGUUUUUAUUUUUAAUUUAUUAUCUCCAUCUUUGGAUAUUACCUAUUUUAUGAUAGUAAUGGAAAUGAGAACAUGGGCAAAAAUAAUGCUUUUUUUAGCCCUAUUUUUGUUCGAAAUUUUGGAAGACGUCUAAAUUUAUGACAUGAUUGCAUGAUCUAACAGAAGCCAUGUCCCAGGGAAUAUAGAUAUAUAACACGCUAUCUUCUUUUUUUGGAAAAUUGAUCAAUUUCAAACAAUUUAACUUAUAUUUGACAUUGCUAUUGCUGCCAACUUCAGCUACAAAACGCUAGAUUGCAUCACUUCAUUGUCUUUGCUUUUGUGAAACUGUUAUAUUUGCUACUUUUUUCUAUUUGUUGCAUAACCAUUACAAAGAAAACUUCACAACCUCUUUUGUGCAGAAGCCACAACACAAAUCUCUUUCUGAAAAGAUCAGUCACUUAAACAUAAUGGUAAAAGAAAGAAGAUACACAUUUUUUGUGAGGGUAAAUCUUUUUGUUAUAGUUAGGUUAAUAAUUGUUCAUACCCCUGGCAGAUUUUGUAAUGUUCGAAUUUGACCAAAAUUUCACAUAUUGUUAUAGAUUUUUGAGGUAUAGUUUUUUUUAUACACAUUUCUUGCUAAAAUGAAAACAAAACUAGAUAUUUUCCCCAGAAAUGUUACUCUUCCCAUCUUAUUUUCUUUUUGUAAAUGUCAGUGCUAUUUCCAAUUAGAAAAAAAAAAAAAUUCUUGUUAAAGUAAAAAUUUAUUAUAAAUCUAAAUCUGCCAUGGCGAGGAAACAUUAAAUAUCCAUCAACAAUGAUGAUGUAUAGUCAUAUUAAAUUAAAUAAUUAUUUCUGUUACUUAUUAUGAUGAUGUCACAGCAUUUAAGAUUAGAAUAUUACAUCAGACCACUAAAAAAGAUCUUUAAUACAGAUGAGUCUCAUUGGCACACAUAUAUUAAUUCAUUGAAAAUGACUGUAUAUUUUAUUCCACAAAUGUUCUGCCAAUUCAUCCUUUCAUUCAUUCAUAUGUCAUCUGUUCCUAAAAUUGAGUGACAAGUAGAAUCCAUUGAUUCUUUUUUCUGCUUUUAUUUUAAAUAACCUAAGCUCCAUGUUCACUCACACUCACUUGGUAAAAAUGUGUACAUCUUAACUAAAUUGUUAGAAACGUGGUGACUGCCAUGUUCGGAGAAGCAAUGAUUUUCUUAAAACCAUUUACUAGCUUGUAAAAAUCCCCAUACAUCUGCCAUUUUGAAGAAUGGCUUAAGACAGAAUCUGUGUUCCACUUCAUAUUUAUAUUCCAGAAAAAUAGGAAGUCAAAGGUAAUUUUUAAGGAUGUCAACAAUUUUGGUGCUGUUUUCUUAAAAAAAUUCUAACAUUUCUCAGCAUGGGUUUUUUUUUACCUUUAGGUAAAAUUAAAGGUUAAAUUAAAGCUUUUAACUUUUCAAAAUGUUUUAAUGUGAGAUUGUGCCGCUUCACUAAUAUUUAUUUAAGUUUUUCCCACAUCUUUACACAGUGUGUGUGAAGGGAACUGUUUGCUAAAUACCUGAAAGAGUCACCAGACAAGCAAAUUGUGAGUGAACAGUGUCAUUUUACUGUCGUUUCUGGAUUGAGUUCAUUCCAUCUAACAUCGCCCUUCUUCCAGCCUUUGUGUAAGGUAUCUAUUUUUGGGUUGCAUUAACAUUUGAUUUUUAUCCAUUUAUGUUAAGGAAAACAAAAACCCAGGUGGUUAAUUGAACAGUGAGUAAAGAGUCUUACAUCCACUGUGUUUAUUCCCGUGUUCUUUUCUCUCUCAGUUGUGAUUCAAGCAGUCUGAAUAAUGGAUGACGAAGAGAGAAAUUUUCCUAGCCACCCACCCCCCUUCACCCUCUUUGCUUACGUUACACAAGGACACGGAUGGCUGAAAAUAGCGCUGCUGUCCUCAUGUGAUGUGAAAUUAAAAGCACACUGGAGCGGAGACACUUGCUGCUGGGGAAUGAAAAACACUUCUUCUACUCCAUCAGACAAUUCCUCCAUCCAGCCUGCAAACCAACUCCAUCUGUCUGUGCAAGAGUACUUUUCACUACGGCAAGCUUUUUGAAAUAUGAUUAUGUACAUGUGAUUGUAAUAAAGAGAUUUUAAUUAGG